CGUUGUGUCAAAGUCAAUUAUUGUGCUGUCAAUUGUCAAAAUCACAAACAAAUUGGUUUGGUGGUGUUAAAUUUAAUAAUUUUAUUUACAAAAUGAAUGAUAAUGAGGAUGAAAUUACAACUUUUUGUGAUUCAGCUGCUUCAUUGGUGGAAGGAUGCAGGUUACCAGUUCGAAUGCAGGGUGGUGAUGAUUGGCCCCUUGCAGAGAUUAUAAGCAUCAAAGAGGUCCGAGGCCAACGAGGAUACUAUGUGCAUUACGUAGAUUUCAACAAACGCCUUGAUGAGUGGGUGGGAGAGUCAUGGUUGGACACAAGAAAGGUACAGUUUCCCCGGAGAGAUGGCAGUGGACUCACAGGUGGGACGACAACACCAAAGAAGACCCACAUUGGAUCUGGAGGUGGCGUCAUGCCUAAUUUUCUUAAUGAUCAUAACGUCUGCAAUGAAAGUCUGAAAUGUGUUAAUAGUAGAGAGAUUCACCAAACAACGCCUAAAAUACCUGAGAAAAUUUAUAACAAUGCACUCAAUGGUUCCACACAAAGAUUAACACCUGGCACGCCAGGCGAGCCCCGCCAGCUGGUGUCGCGGCCCGCGAGCCCUACGCUGGGCCACGACUCGUCAUCGCUGGUAAACGGCGGCGCGGUGCUGGCCGCGGCCUUGCAAAAGAAGAUGAACAGGAAACGAAAGGCUAACUCUUUGGAGAACGACAACGAAACACAAGAGUCUCUCGAUGGCGGCGAGCCGGUCGUGAGCGGCACGGCCACGCCCACGACUCGCCCACGGACAUCGGGCAGUCUGGUGGCGCACGGGCAUGAUGACCUGGUCACGCGCAUGAAGAACAUCGAGAUGAUCGAGCUGGGCAGGCACAGGAUACGGCCCUGGUACUUUGCUCCUUAUCCACAGGAAAUGGUAAAUUUAGCCUGCAUAUACAUUUGCGAGUUUUGUCUCAAAUAUAGAAAAAGUAAAAAGUGCUUGGAAAGACAUUUAAUUAAAUGUAAACUAAAACACCCACCUGGCAACGAAAUAUACCGAAAAGGCAGUAUAUCCUUCUUUGAAAUCGACGGUAGAAAGAACAAGUGCUACGCUCAGAACCUGUGCUUGCUUGCGAAACUGUUUUUGGACCACAAGACUCUAUAUUAUGAUACAGACCCUUUUUUGUUUUAUGUAAUGACUGAAUUUGAUUCGAGAGGAUUUCACAUAGUAGGAUAUUUUUCAAAGGAGAAAGAAAGUACAGAAGACUACAAUGUAGCGUGUAUACUAACUCUACCUCCUUACCAGCGGAAAGGAUAUGGAACACUACUCAUAGAAUUUAGUUAUGAAUUAUCAAAGUUCGAAGGUAAAACGGGUUCACCAGAGAAACCACUAUCGGAUCUUGGAUUGCUCUCGUACAGGAGUUACUGGGCGCAAACUAUCCUGGAAAUCCUAAUUAACAUUAAGCCUGUUGGGGACAACGAGAAACCUAUCAUUACUAUCAAUGAAAUAUGCGAGUUGACGAGUAUAAAGAAAGAGGACGUCAUAAGCACAUUACAGAAUUUGAACCUCAUCAAUUACUACAAGGGACAGUACAUAGUAUCAGUUAAUCAGGAAACAAUACAACAACACGAGAAAGCUAUGGAAAAGAAAUUGUUAAGGAUCGAUCCAAAAUGCUUGCACUGGACGCCAAAAGAUUGGUCCAAACGAGCUAAAUGUGUUUGAAGUGUAUCGGAGAUGCGAGCUAUCUAACUCGGGCUUCAACACGUAGGACAAUUUACAAGGAUGUUACAUCAAAGGGUACUUUCAAACUCCUCAGGUCCAUUAUAUUAUGUAAAUCCUUUUUUUACAACUGUUUAUUUUUCAUCUAAAUGAGCUAAAGAGUUGAUAACUUUUAUUGUGAAAAGUUGUAAAUACAAUAUGUGUAACUAUGUCCUUGUUUAAUGUGAUAUUAAAUAAAUAUUUUUAUUUCU